GUGUGACUCACGCUAGCAUUUCCAUCUUUAUAUAAGCUGUCUAUCUAUCCCUACUAAUUUCGUAUCUUCAUCGGUAAUCAUCAUGGAAAAGGUACGCAAGACGUUCUUCGACCCUUUGGCUACGUCAAAGGGUCGGAUAGCGGAAUUACUACAGACUUUGCCUGUUGGCUCUGCACAUCCUUUCAGCCCUGAGGGCAUAUUACUAUGUCGAACCAAGAAUGGUAUCGAAGAGAUCGAUAUCUCGAAUUACAGCCAAGACUACUUUUUCAACUCUGUUGACUUGGGAGAGAUGGGGGAGGUUUUACUAAGGCGGAUGAAGGGGUUCAGAGAACAUCUGAGCGUGUUUGAUGACUUUCAGAUCAUGCAAGCCCCAGCAGCUACCUUCAAGAUCCCCAUAGUGUCAGGACAGAUCACCAUUUUGGCUGUCUCAGAACGUACUCCUACCUACUACGACUUCUGCUUCGCUGAUAACGAAUGCAAUGCUUGUUGCUGGUUAGAACGAACGACCUUUUCUGGAAUCAAGCACAGCGGCGAUAUUCUGCAUGGCCAGGAUCUUCUGGACUAUGUGAGGAUAGACAGUGAUACACUGACGGAGAAGCCUAUCUGUGUGUUCAUCUCAGGGUAUACCAAGACGCGAAUCACGAGAUUCUUAGGCACAAAUCCUGCACUGCUUGUCGCUGAUAAUGUUGACAAAAUCCUGUAUAUCGUCCCUGUUCCCUUGGACAAGGCCACUAUUGGCGAUGCUACUAUCUGCUGCCCUUUGGUCAUCAAGCGUGAUGAAGAUUCCAUCAUCUGCUCUAUUCUUCCCAAGGCGACAACAGAUAGAAACAUGAUGUGUGACAGCAAGAAGCUAAUCAGCCCUUGCUUCCCUGAAGCUAUCAACAGCGCAGACUUCACUAUCACUGAACCUAUUCCUGCUGUAGCUUCAGAGGAGAAGAAGACUGACACGAGUGAUGAGGUAGAAAGCGAAGCACAGGUUUCGGAUAAGAGACGCGCUGUAUUAACCACCAACGCUUCAACCCUCCCUUCUUUCCUGGCCGCUUCUGACGCGCAGGUCAUUCGCUUCAGCACUGGUAUUGAGUUCUUAUCCUCAGAUGCAAACAUCACCCAGGACGAGUCAGCCGUUGUUCUUCCCUGUAUCUUCGGAUCUCAACUCCAAGGACCUAUGCUUCUCUCCACCGGCAGCACUCCUUCCAAUGUUCCCUUCAAAGAUGAGAAGGCUCUUUGCGCUUAUUACGAGCAACUCGAGAGUAUAGCUGUCGUCGUUGAUGAGCGCAUGACCGAUAACGCGCGAAACUUGGCUUCUAGUCUUAGGAUGAAUACCUUGUUCAUCGUGCAGAUCAAGACCAAGGAGAAGCAUGGGACCGAAGAACAAAUCUCAGCUGUGUUGAGUUCGGCGAAUAUAAAUGCUGUAACGGCCCUUGCUGGACCUCAGUCUUUGAUCGUGGCCAAUAUCGGUGAUAAGUUUUACUUCUAUCGGGGUUUGGCGAAUCACAACGUCUUGGAUACGACAAAGCUAAACUUUGGAGCGGAUAUCACCGAUUUCAUCACCUCGAACAGCGUAGAAUCGCUAUUGGCUCCAAAGAUUCCUCGACUAGUCAAUCUCAGUGAUGCCAACACUAUUUAUCUUCCCUACUCAGCCCAAGUCGUUCGUCCUCAAGACUUAGCCGGUAUCUUUGAGGAUCUCAGCAUCGCCGAGAUCAACACCAUGCACGACGACAUCACCGCCGCAGUUCCCCAGCUCCAAACCCUCCUCAGCCAAAAGGAUCUCCAGCAACUCUCCAAGACCCUGGUCGACACGCUCUCCGCCAAGAUCGACAAGAAAAUGGCUCCUCUGCGAAGCGAGUACAUAGCCUUCAUCACCGCCAACCUCCGCACCGAUGAUCAGGCCAUUCUCAACAAGAAGAACAAGAUGCUCGGUGAUAUAAGAAAGGCUAACAAGGAGGUUCAGACUGUUCUUGAGCCUGUGAUUACUAGUCUUGCGAAUAUGAUGUCUGUUCAGACGACGUCGAAGAGAACGCAUGAUAUGAAGAGACUUAUGAGACAGGCGCAGAUCCAGAAUAAUGUUGAGGCGACCAAGUCGAUGACUUUUGAGAGUUUGACGGGGUUGUUGGAGAAGCAUGCUGAGGAGAUGGGUGUGAUGUUGUUGAACAUUGAGACGGUGCCUUAUAAGGAGAUGCUGGCGAAUUUGAAGGGCACUACCAUUGAUGCCAAACCCUGCUGUGCUCUUGACGACCGAAUUCUUCAUCUUGAUGGCUUCGACGCCGGUAUCAUCAUGGAACAGUCCCAAAGCCAACACGCCGGCCCUCUCGUCAGCCAAGCCGGUCCCAACCAUCCCAUUCUUGCGCUUCCCUACCUCAGCCAACAGCGCGGCAUCGGCUCAAUGCUAGCAUGGGUAUGCUGGGACGAGUUCGUCAACCUCAAGAGUCCAUACUCAAUCCGCUGGAUGGAGAAGUGCAACGAAUCACACAUCGCCGCGCUGAGAAUCAUGAUGCGAGAUACACUCAGUCAAGCAGUUGCGUCACGGGAGUAUAACUUUGAAGCUGGAAGUCCUGAGAUCGGCCAUUUAAUGAUUUCGCUUCUUAUGGCGGCUAUGUCAAAGCUUGCGGCGAUGAGGACGAGUGCUCCUGUCGUGUUGGAUACGGCGGAGGAUACGGUUACGAGGUUGAUGAGAGGUCUUUUUGGUAAUCUUAUGACGAUUGCGGGGUCGGGUGUGAGGCCUUUGAGUAUGGUCUGGCAGAUGUUUGGGCUGAAUCCUCAGUAUGACGUUCCUGCCACGGAAGCCGAUUGGGUUUGGUACGAGAACGUCGUCGAGCUGUAUCCCUACACUGGCUGGCCUUUGAACACGUUCAACGACAAUCUUCUCAAGCUUCUUGACAAGAUUAUUGUGCGGGUCAUCACCAAGAACGAGAACGUCGCAGAGAUCAAGCAGAGCAAGGCUUAUGAUAUGGUGCAGUUCUGCAAGCUGCGGAACAUCCAGCUUGAGCACUGCCGGACUAUCACCACAGUCUUUGAGCGAAUGCUCACCACAGAUGGUGUAGACAUCGCAGUUGUGGCGGGACGACUUCAGCAGAAAGUUCCAAGUGAACUUGAGAAGCAGACCAAAGGCUACACGAGAAUGAUGCGGUAUCUAGACCAUCUCGCCAGAGGCGGCGCACGACGUCCUGCAGAUGAUAUUGUCUACGGCAACGUAUACACCAAGCGCUCAGCUGCCUUCAGGGAUCUCAAGAUCGCAGUCGCGCUAGCAUGUCAAGACAAAGAAUGGGAUGUCGCAAAGGAGAACUGCCAGGCUGUUCUUGCGAUGCAUGAAGAAAUUGCUGCCAAGUGGCAGAUUCAGCCUGAUCAGCUAAAGGUGCAGAACAUCCACUACUACCACGAGCUCAUCGACGCAGAUGUCUCCGAAGACGCAGAUCAAGAAGUAAAGAACCGCACGAAAAAGAUCGUCGGGCGCAUCAUGGACGAUGCAGAGAAGCGGCGCAUCCCGUGGCAAGUUGGCAACGACGCAGCCAAGAACAACAUUGAACCUCUUGACGAGCAGUUCCUCGAGCAAGUCCUCACCGGAACACGUCCUGAAGCUGAGACCAAGGCUGUAGUCGAAGCCGCCAAGGAGGAAAUUGUCCAAGAAGAGAGCUUUGCUACUUACAAGAGCUCUUUAACUCCUGCGUUUGUUUCGACGAUGGAGAAGGCUCUUUCGGCAGAGGAUGUCUGCGCGAUAACCAAGAUUCCUGAGUCUGCGAUGAGGGUGUUUAUUAAGGCACUUAAUCCUGAGUUUGAGUGGGAUGAUUUGGCACAGCAGUUUAAGAUUGUGGUAUUGAGUUUGUUGCGGGAACGCUCGGGACGGGUAGAGAGUAGACCUGCUGCUAGGAUGUUGAGGUUACGAUGAGCUUCACGGGCAAUGGAUAGGUAAUGAUUCGAUGCGAUUUAGUCUAUUAUUAUUGGCAAUCAGGCCCUCUUAUGUAUAGCUCGCUCUAGUUAAAUGAUAUCUAAAGUUUCUCUGCGCGGG